GAAGAGAUUUCAAAAGUAUUUUGGAGUGAGGGGAGAGAGGGAGAGGCUGAAGAUGCUUGUUUAAAUAUCUCUUGAGAACAGGUUUGUUGAGGAGGAUUUAGGAAUGUGAGUAAUAAUUAAAUCCAGCAGAUGGCAGUAAUGCAACUUUUUGGAUACCAGCUGCCAAAGAAGAAGAAGAAGAAGAAGACUUCCGGCAAGAUGGAGGACCGGGUUCAGCGUCUCUUGUGAGCUCUGUCUGCUUGUCCCACUUUUACAAAUACUUUACCAUCCAACUCAAUUCUAUCUGAUCGUAUGAAUCUCUAAUACACCAUACCGACGCUUUAACCAUAAAGUGCUCCGGAAACUGCAGCAUGACGACGGAAAAUAACUUCUCUUCAGCCUACAGUAGCUCGGAGAUUGACGACCACGAUGAUGUUAAGAUGGAGGUCUCUACCGAGAGCUACAGAAGAAAAGACCCUUUCUCACCAGCGAAGAACCCACCAGCAACUAAAAAGAAGGACACUGGCUCAGAGGAAGAUGUCCAGCAGCUGUUGGUGAGUAAAGAAGAUCUUCCACCUGAGCAGCAGGAGUGGAGCCACAUUCUGGACCAGGAGGACACUAAGCCCCAACACAUUAAAGAAGAACAUGAGGAACUGUGGAGCAGUCAGGAGGAAGAACAGCUUCAAGGACUGGAGGAGGCUGAUACCACCAAGUUCCCCUUCACUCCUGUCUCUGUGAAGAGUGAAGAUGAUGAAGAGAAACCUCAGUCCUCACAGCUUCAUCAGAGACAAACUGAACAGAUGGAAACAGGAGUUGAUGGAGAGGACUGUGGAGGAGCAGAACCAGAGAGGCACUCAGAUCCAGAGAGAUGUUUACAACCAGAGAUUGAGGUCAAGAUUGAAGACUCUUAUGAACCUGAGACUGAUGACAGUGAUGAUUGGCAAGAGACAAGAGAAGAUCUGUCAGAAUUAAACUUGAAAAAUAAGAAACUGACUGGUAAGAGACCACAUAAGUGCUCAGCGUGCGGUAAAAGAUUUAACCGAAAAGAGCAUCUCAUCAGACACACGAUGAUUCACACAGGAGAGAAACCCUUCAGUUGCUCUAAAUGCGAGAACAGAUUUACCUGUAAGUCUAGUUUGACAUAUCACAUGGCAAAUCACAGAGGGGAGAAACCCUUUAACUGCCUUGUGUGUAGUAAAAGAUUUAACCGAAAAGGGCAUCUGACCAGACACAUGUUAGUUCAUACAGGAGAGAAAGCUUUCAGCUGCUCUGAGUGCGGUAAAAGAUUUUACUUGCAAAAUGAUCUGACUACACACAUGACUAUUCAUAUGGGAGAAAAACCCUUCAGCUGCUCUGAGUGUGGUCAAAGAUUUAACCGAAAAGGAAAUCUGUCCAAACACAUGAUUAUUCACACAGGAGAUAAAUUCUACAGCUGCUCUCAGUGUGGAAAACAAUAUAGACAUAAGGGGAAUCUGAAGACACACAUGUUAGUUCACACUGGAGAGAACGCUUUCAGCUGCUCCGUUUGCAGUAAAGGUUUUACCCGAAGAGGAAGUCUGGCCACACACAUCUUAGUUCACAAAGGAGAGAGACCCUUCUGUUGCUCUAUUUGCAGUAAAGCAUUUUAUCAAAAAGGAGCCUUAACCCAACACAUGAUAGUUCACACAGGAGAGAAACCAUUCAGCUGCUCUGAGUGUGAGAAACGAUUUACCACGAAGUCAAGUUUUUCAUUUCACAUGGCAACUCACAGAGGGGAGAAACCCUUCAGCUGCCUUGAGUGUGGUAAAAGAUUUAACAGAAAAGGGCAUCUGACCAGACACAUGUUAGUUCAUACAGGAGAGAAACCCUUUAACUGCUCUGAGUGUGGUAAAAGGUUUAGUUCUGAGGGAAAACUGACCAGUCACAUGAUGAUUCACACUGGAGAGAAGGCCUUCAGCUGCUCUGAGUGUGAGAAAAGAUUUACCCGUAAGUCUAGUUUGACAAAUCACAUGGCAUUUCACAGAGGGGAGAAACCCUUCAGCUGCCUUGACUGUACUAAAAGAUUUUACCAAAAAGUGCAUCUGACCAGACACAUGUUGGUUCAUACAGGAGAGAAACCCUUUAGCUGCUCUGAGUGUGGUAAAAGGUUUAACCGUAAAGUGCAUCUGACCAGACACAUGUUAGUUCAUACAGGAGAGAAACCCUUUAGCUGCUCUGAGUGUGGUAAAAGGCUUAGUUCUAAGAUAAAUCUGACCAAACACAUAAUGAUUCACACUGGAGAGAAAUGCUAAUCCUGUGUAAUGGUAAAUGUUACAUGUUUUGUUGCUGACAUAUGAACCAGUAAGUUGGGAGCAGCUAUGACGUUUGAAUUGAAAGGGUUUUUAUGAAACAGUUACAGUGUAAGGAUCCUUCUUCUCUCCUGAUAUCUUCUCUUCUUUCUGUCAUUCUGUUUCCUUGGAGGCCUCAGUGUUGGGUAGCACAAGUUCUUCAGUCAGCUCAUGUGUAACCUUGUAAUAAAUAAAUUGAUGUAGAGUGAGAAAGACUUUCAUAUGAAACAAUAGAAAUGCAUUAUAGCCUUCAGUGUGUAUAACUAAAUGGUAUAUGGAAAAAACACUACAAUUGUGUGUAUAUUUGUUCUGUUAUCAUUUCUCUCUUUGGCUUCCUUUUUGCUGCUUCACUGAAUUGGGGAUAUAUAGUGGCAUAGGUGACAGAAAGUGGAAGGCACAGGUAGGGGGAGCACAGACAGUUCUCACCAGACCAGCAUUCAUGUUUCAGACCAGCACUCAGACAAUCAACAACAGGUAUUCUACUGGCUACGUUUAACUGGAAAUGGUAUGUGUUUUUUGUUCUCAUAUCCCCAUCAAUUAACUACAAUAAACUUCCAACUCAACUAUAA